UCCAUAUGCUUGUGAAAGCCAGGCUAAAAAAAAAAAAAAAAGCUAUGGGAACUUCCUCAAACGUGCUGCUAAGAGUCUGAAACACAGCGGCAACUUAUCGCCUUUUAUCGAAACCACAAAGAAGUCCCACCUUGGACGGUGGUGUAAAGCUUUUAUUAACUCAACAAGCAGUCAUGGACACGCGAGACACAGCCCCGGAUUCGUGGGAGCAGGAGGAAGAUGCCGAGGCCCCGGCUCUCGCGGCGGAGCUCCCAGCCUCCUUUGCUGCCCUCAACGUGAACGCCAAGCCGUUCGUUCCUAACGUCAACGCCCCGGUGUUUGUACCAAGUUUCCUUCAAAGCAGCCCUGUAGAAAUGCCGGCUUCGGAUGGUUCCCCUGACCCAGCUGCUAACAUGGAGGUGGCAGACCCAGUCGCUCCGGUGGAGAACGGAAACUCAGAYGCGGACAUGAACACAGAGGAGGAGACGUGGGAGCAGAAGGAGGAGCCCGGGGGAGGCGAGGGCGGCGGAGGACAGGAGGGCCCGACGGGGACUGGAGGAGGCUGCGAGGAGGGAGGCGCCGCGGGGAGAGAGGAUGAGGAGCURAUGGAGGAGGAAGAGGAAGAGAUGCCUGUACCGAAAGUGGCUCCUCCGCCACCCGACGCACCCAAGAAAGAACACGUGAACGUGGUCUUUAUUGGUCACGUAGAUGCUGGGAAAUCAACUAUUGGAGGGCAGAUUAUGUACCUCACUGGAAUGGUYGACAAGCGAACCCUGGAAAAAUACGAGCGAGAAGCAAAAGAGAAGAACAGAGAGACUUGGUAUUUAUCGUGGGCUUUGGACACAAAUCAGGAGGAGAGGGACAAGGGGAAGACGGUGGAGGUUGGGAGAGCUUACUUUGAGACGGAGAAGAAACAUUUUACCAUCCUGGARGCCCCCGGACACAAGAGCUUUGUCCCCAACAUGAUCGGUGGGGCGUCCCAAGCUGACCUUGCAGUUCUGGUCAUUUCAGCAAGGAAGGGGGAGUUUGAGACGGGCUUUGAGAAGGGUGGACAGACGCGGGAACACACCAUGCUGGCUAAAACAGCCGGAGUUAAACAUCUCAUCGUCCUGAUCAACAAGAUGGAUGACCCCACUGUGAACUGGAGCUUAGAAAGAUAUGAAGAGUGUAAGGAGAAGCUGGUGCCGUUUUUAAAGAAGGUGGGCUUCAACCCGAAGAAGGACAUCCAUUUUAUGCCUUGCUCUGGACUCACAGGUGCCAACCUCAAAGACGCGGCACCUGAAGGCACCUGGUACACGAUAUGGGCACAGUGAUCCUUGGAAAACUGGAGUCUGGCUCUAUCAGUAAAGCUCAGCAACUGGUCAUGAUGCCAAACAGGCACACCGUAGAAGUAUUGAGCCUGCUCAGCGAUGAUGUGGAGACGGAUGAUGCGAGCCCCGGGGAGAACCUYAAGCUGAGACUGAAGGGAAUAGAAGAAGAGGAGAUCCUCCCCGGUUUCAUCCUCUGCAGCCCGGACAACCUUUGCCACUCUGGGCGCACCUUUGAUGCACAGAUUGUCAUCAUAGAGCACAAAUCAAUCAUUUGUCCUGGCUACAAUGCAGUCCUCCACAUCCACACCUGCAUUGAAGAAGUGCAGAUCACUGCAUUAAUCUGUCUGGUUGACAAGAAGACAGGAGACAAAAGCAAAACGCGGCCUCGCUUUGUCAAACAGGACCAGGUGUGCAUUGCCAGGCUCCGGGCAGCAGGAACCAUCUGCUUAGAGACCUUCAAAGAUUUCCCGCAGAUGGGCCGAUUCACACUGAGAGACGAGGGCAAAACUAUUGCCAUUGGUAAAGUGCUGAAGCUGGUUCCAGAAAAGGACUAAAUGCACCAGCGUGCAUGGWGUUUCUUCACUCGUCAACCUGAGGAGAAAAUGCUGCUGGAGCCGACCCUAAAACAGCUASUCUCUUUACACACAACUUCGCUGAAGAGAAGAUCAACAACAACAAGGAGAGAGAGAGAAACGUAAAAUCUUGUCAAACCAAGACUGAACCAAUUUUUUGUGAUCAACACCAUGAAUUGAGAGUCCAAGUCCAGUGUGUCAGCUUUCUCAUAUUGAGAGCUCAGCUAUGCCACUAAUGUAGCUACAAGUCCCCCCCUCCCCGCUCCCCCAAGUUUCCUCCCAGGGCCAGUUGUGCUGUCGGCUGGACACACUAUUUGUCUUUAGAACGGAGAUGGAUGCAGCGUUACUGAGUUUGGAGAGGACAAACUAAAAGUUCAGAGUGAUUUCUGUAUUCUGCAAAACACCGGAGUUAYCUUGUAAUUAUACUCAAAGUUCAUCUCCUUUCUUAAGAGUGGAAUUACAAAUCCAACAGAUAUGUGAUUUGAUUUUAAAGAUUUGCUGUAUCCGAAUUUUAAUAAGGUGAGUUGGGUUAUUUGGACUAAGCUGGCACACAGUGCUACUCUGAUAAUCCAAGGAUAAACAUGUUCUCAGAAACAGAGCUGUUACAUAAUCUCAAGUGAAAAUAAAAGCUCAAACUCACAGAAA